AAAUAGCAUUAUAUUGCUUGCGUUUGCAUCAGCCUUGGAAAUAGCUAUAUAAGGGAUGUUUAGAUGCUGAUUUCACCACUCUCGACAAAAAUGUGAAGUAAGCAAAUUUAACGUUCUGUCCAUAAUUGGCGUGGCUAGCUGUCUGGCCUGUGUAGUAUGCAUUAAAACAAGCUGGGGACCGCGUUGGUCGGCACUUGAGGAAGUUAUGGGGUCGAGGAAGAAGCGAAGAAGAAUUUUACAUGCACAUUUUACCAAGUGAUUUAGUUGAUGGUUACUGUCGGGCAGUUAAUCUGAAAAUAUAGUAACCACUUAUUCUUCUGCUCAUUUCUACAGGAUAUUUGCAGUUUAUAUUGUAGGAAAACAGACCAAUUAACAUUUUCGUUCAGCUUAAAAUUAUUUAUAAAUUCGAAUACCCAUGAUGGCUUCGAGUAUCCAAAAGGAGUUCCAUAUUCUGUUGAAGAACCUGCGGAGUUUCACGGAGGACCAGGUGAAGGUGGUUCACUGGGAUCCAGACGAGGAGCUCUCAGAGUUUCAGAUCGAAAUACGACCUAAUGCUGGGCCAUACAGAGACGGAGUUUACUUAUUCAAAAUCAAAAUUCCAGAAAAUUACCCAAGUCAGUAUCCUGACGUAAUCUGCAAAACAAACAUCUACCACCCUAAUAUAGACCCCAUGUGUGACACAGACUAUACGAAUAUCUGCUUGAACUUAUUUGAUGAAUGGCAAGAGACAUUUGGUCUAGAGACCUGCGUACAAGGACUGCUUUUCCUCAUGCAUAACCCCAACAGUGAAGACCCCCUGUCACCGUAUUUUAGUGGAGCUUUGUCAGAAGAUGAACUGGAAGAAAACUUGCAAAGAAUAAGGGAGGGACUGGAUGUGGACGACAUCAUGUUUGAUCAUGGGUAUGCUGUCAAGAAAGAUGACAUUGAGACUGGUAGUGUCAAUGACAGCACCCCAGAUCUCAAGAGAGAUGACAUUGAGGCUGGUAAUGUCAAUGACAGCACCCCAGAUCUCAAGAGAGAUGACAUUGAGGCUGGUAAUGUCAAUGACAGCACCCCAGAUCUCAAGAGAGUCGACGUUGAGGCUGGUAAUGUCAAUGACAGCACCCCAGAUGUCAUUGAUGUCAGCACUCAUGAUGUCAAUGCUAGUGAUGCCAUUCCCACAGUCCCUACGUUCCAUGAUGAUAAAGACAAAGUUGGUGCUGAUGUCCAUGCUGACAGCAUCUGUGAUAUUGAUGCCAAUGAUGUCAGUGUCAGUAAUGCCGAGACGCGUGACACUGAGGCCAGUAAUGUCAAUGAUACAGAGAGCACCCCAGAGGUACAAGAUGGCACUGCUGGUGAUACUGUUAUCAUCACUGUUAAUGGCAGUGGUGACAAGGCUGAAACCAGCAAUGACAACAGUUUCAAUGACAAUCUUGAGGUUGAUGCCAAAAUGUGUACUACAGUGAAUAGUAAUAUGAAUAUCAUUGACAAUGAUGACAAUGUCAAGACUAAAAAUGUUGACACUGCAUUUGAGGACAUUUGUGACCAUGAUGUCAUUGCCAAUGAUGUUAGCAGGGUUACUGAUAUGGGUGGUAUAAAACAUUGUGAUGAUGUGAAUUUGGGUCCCAAAGACUGUGACAUCUCAGCUCUUGAAAUCAAUAGUGGUGCUACUGUGUCUAAUAAUGCGAAGACUGCCAGUCAUGCAGGCAUUGCCUGUGAUGUAAAAAACAGUUUUACUGGGAUUACAUGUAAUUUUUGUGAUAGGUGUUAUAAUGAUAACAUGUCAACUUCUGUGCAAGUUGGUAGAGGUUGUUGUGUUGUUAAACUGUUUCAGUGGCUUGGGAUGAUGAGGAGACAAAUAUUGCAGCUGUGCACUAAACUAAAGCUAAAUAAAUAAUGAGACACAAACUUAAAUAAAUAUUAUUACUAAACUGAUAUUAAUACUUUUAAAAAAUCACCGUUAUGGCAUGCCUUCUUAAUAUUAUGUAAUUCAUUGGUAUUAAAAUCUGUAUGUAAAAAAACAUAAAAAUUUGAAAUAUUUUUAUUUUUCAUUGAAAACAUUUAGAAAUGUGUAUGCCAUACUACUCAUUAUGAAAUGCUACUUUUUGUCAUACAAAAACUAAGACACAGGGCCAUUAUAUUAUUAUGUAUUUCUUAUUUCUUUAUCUUAAUUGACUUUUUGCUCAGUUUUGAAUUUAUUCAUUAAUAAUACUACUUUGUAAAAAAAAAAAUA